AUGAAGCACGAAGGCGUUCAGGAAGUUUACAACAGCAUUCUCCUUGUGCAAGUUUUCGGCAGGAAUGUCACGUUCACAGCGAUAACAUCUUCAAUAAGUGUGGACAUCUACCACAAACGUGGUGGCCGGGUUACGCUCGCCGUCCUGUAUAUAUUUGAAUGUAUGCGAAGGUACGCGUUCCAGGUGCUUGCAUGGGUAGAGGAAAAGACUGGUCGAGCACUGGAACGGGAGGAUCCCGUGAUUUACAAACUGCUCUUUCGAAUCGUUCCACCACCCAAGGGUCCUGCAGGUCGUGUGGGUCCCCGCCUCCUUUGGAGUCUUGUCAGUCUGAGUCGACGCAACACCGUGGACCAGGCAGUCAGCGGCAGUCCCAUCGUCACCCGUCUCAAUGUCGAAUCCCUCGAAUAUAAGUAUUUGACAUUGGUUUUAAAGGUGCGACCACUUCACUUACUUUCCUCCCUAGAUUCCGUCCUCUCAGGCUACCCUACGCGAUGCCCCGUCUGGGUGUUUGGUCUGACGCAUUCCAAUGAGCUGGAGGAUGUAACCAGUCGAGCCAAUUGCCAUGCGGGCGAUGACACCGUCAUUCACUUCCCUCGCGACUCCUGCUCGGCUGGACUUCUCUUCUCAGGUGGUGAACUCUCCGGUUCCAGCGGUCUUGCCUUGGUUACUAAAUUGGACCGCAGUAGUGCCCAGGAGAACAUUGUUGUCUGGUUCCCCAAGCCCUAUACCGUUAAUCUAGUCGUAGACACACCAAAAGCCCACAACCAUUCACCUCUACACGAGUACUCUACGGAAACUACUCUCCUGAGAGCUCUGAUUGAGUACGUCGCGCGUUAUUACUGA